ACAAAAAAUUCUCCAGAUGAAGUUAGCUUUCAACUCGUUCAGAUAAUCGUAGAUGUUUUUUAUCAUAAGCGAAUAAAAAAGUUAGCAUUAAUUGGUUUAAAGUAGUGCGUCAAAAUUCGGAAAUCCACAGAAUGACCAUCCAAGGACUGAAGUGUGACCUCAGCCCGACGGUGACCACUUGUCUGCAGCUGAAGGACUGCGUCCGUCCGGACUGCUGUCCCAUCCGGGACCCCAUUCCCUACGAUGCCGAGUGCUUCGUUAGGGACAUUGGCCAGGAGCUGGACAAACUGACGCGCCGACACGAGCGCAUGUUCGUCAAGCGGCGGCGUCUGAUGGAAAUGGCCAUACCCAGGCGACGCACCUGCCGCUUUGUGCCGAAAUGCGCCUGCUCAUUUCCCAAGUCCAUCGAGAUGGUGCGACCAUGUGACGCCCAGAAUCACACACGCACCGAGCAACUAGCUCUGCCCACGGUCCGUCGAUUGCUUCACAGGCGGCGAACGGCCAUUCUGGCGGGCGACUCAAUUGGGGAGUCCAUACUGAACAGAUGGCUUCGCUACAGCUAUCUAUCGCUGUACAGUCGUCUCACGAAUAUCCAGCCGUUGGUUAAGCCGAAGAAAAAGAAGAAGAAGACGGAGAAGCAGCUGGCUAAGCACGAGAAGUACAUCGAAAAGUUGGCGAAACCAAAGAAAGCACCAAAGGUCCCGAAACCGGAUCGUGGAGCUGGGGAGUUCGAUCCCGUGCGUCUCAAUCAGCUGGCCAGUCCCAAGGCCUAUUUGGAGGAGAUCAAACCCAAGUGGGAGCUGACCUCCCAGAUGAAGGACUACAAGGCGACCAAGCGGAUCAAGCAAAUAUCGCAGCCCGUCGUGCGCGAUAAUGUCCACAUCAACGAGAAUCCGGAGAAGGUCUCGCCCAAUGCCCUUCGCUACAAGCCGAGUGCCCGCAUCAAGGAGAUGUCCGAGCCACUUACCACGCGCGAUGCCAACCAAGGACUGGCGGAUGUCAAGGAGAAUCCAUUCGGUAUCGCGCCAAACGCGCUCAAAUACAAGGCGAGCACGCGGAUCAAGGAGCUGGCGGAGCCCAAGGAGUUCGAGAACACGCAUAUCCGGGAGAAUCCGUUUGCCAUAUCGCCGGCGGCUCUGAAGGCCAAAGCCUCGCCACGCCUCAUCGAGUUGGCCAAGCCCAAGGGUGGAUAAUAAUUGGAGACGGACGUGGACUGUGCGUCUGGAUAAUCAUUACCGUCCUUAUUGGUGUUCUAAGUUUUUCAUUUCGGCUACAUUUGGUAUCGACUUUUCUAAUAAAUUUGUUUUUGGUUUUUU